AAUACUGUGAUGAUCUGAAUGUGUCAACUAAAUCCAACCGUUACAAAAAUAAGCCAAGAGAAGCAAUAACUAAACUGUCCUUACCUUGCAAGUUUUAAGUGCACUGUAGGCCUACUUGAGAAGCUGUUUUUUCUUUUAUCCUUUAGGCAAGUGAUGAUAUCUACCAGUCAUAAACAUAAAAUAAGCUGUGUUUUAUUCAGAAAACAAAACACUAACCCAUUUAUAAGGUUAUGAUCUGUGAAAUCUGAUCCUUCUGCAUCCAGAAUAUUCUUCGCAUGGUUUUUGACAAAGUGCAUUUAGAAAAUAACGAUGAUAUCAUACAGAUGUCUGUCCACCAACUCUAUCUGUAACGUUUCACUGGUUAAAAUUGUUAAAUUAUCCUUUAUUGCAUGCUUUAAUUGUCUGCACACAAAAUUAUUUACAUUACAAUUACUUCCGUUGAAAACGGAUGUUUCCUGUUGACUAUUCAACAAAAAGAUAUUUAAUACGCGAAAGGGACUCUAGGGUGCAAAGAACUAAAUUUUAUCAGAGUAAUAGUUACUUCGGCGAUGCCCUAUCGUCGUAAAUAAGAAUGAAUCGAGAAAAAAAUGGUGGCCAUUUUAUUUCAUUUUAUUUAGAAAAUAGACCACGUGACCAGAUUUUAUACUGUUAAAAAAUACUGUUACCUAUUUAACAGUACAAAAUUCUUAGUCACGUGGUACACUUGCAUUAACAGUAAGAAUAACUCCCAGAGGCCUAUGGGAAAUUAGCAUGACGAAAAAAGUGAGGGGUAAUAAUAUAAACUAUUAGAUGGAGGUCACUAGCUAAAAGGGAGACAGACACAACGCUUUGAUCAUGAACUAUAACAAACACAUUGAAUAAAAAACACGUGCUUGUCAAAUAAAAGAUUUAAACAUGAAUGCCUUACAUUUAUUUUAUAAGAAGAAAACAAAUCAACGUUAAAAUAUGAUAAACAAGAUCAACAAGGAAAGGCGGCGUUCAAUGAACGCUACCCCCAUUCGACCCAGCAACAAGAACCAGUGGCAAGGAGCCCAGGCGGACCUGUAAGUAAAUCUGUAACAAAUAACUUUUUUUUUUUAACAAAUAUACAUUAAUUGUAACUAAUGCAAUUGUAAUCAUUCGUAAAUUAAUUCAUAUUUGGCUACAUCGGGGUCUUUAUCUUUCAUUAAAUGGCAUUCGUAUCAGGUUGUUGCAUUGAUAACAAAUUACCAGCAAUUAAUUUAAUCAAUUUGUAAAUCUAAUUAACAUAUUCAUUUACUCUCAAACUAUAACUAAAUUUGCUUAUUAGCUUAGUUGCUGAAAUUAUUUAGGAAAUUCAAGCAAGUUUACAAAGAAAAUAUGAAACUGUACGUAGUGUUAGCAUUGUUAGUUGUAACAUUGCGCUAUUCGGGAGGCCGCCUUAGCGAGAAGAUCUUGGAGCCAAGACAAGAAGGAGACUGUUCAAGAUUUGUGUACGAGUAUAAACUUUUAGAGAAACUUAUCACACUUGAGACAGAAUAUGCAAAGUUACAACAACGAAUAGCAGAUCUAGAGAAAACAAGGAAGAGCUCAACAAAGGUAUCGGUUCAUGUGCGUCUUGCAAAAACAACACCAUUAAGUGGUACAGAAAGAGUCAAAUAUGACGUGGAGAUAUAUAACACAGGAAGCGCAUACGAUUUGAAAAAUGGUCUGUUCGUAGCUCCAGUGCCUGGAUUAUAUCUUAUACACGUUCAAGUUUGCCUCGGUGUGUCUAACCAAUGGAUUGAUUUAAAUAUUGUAAAAGACGGGGCAGUUGUUGGACGAGUGUUUUCUGGAGACCAUAAUUACCAUUCGUGUGGUUCAGAAGCGUUGAACAUACAUCUACAGAAAGAUGAUACUGUCUGGGUAGCAAGGGAAGCUGGGACGGCAACAAGUUUAAAUCAAGAUCAUGGAUGGAACUCCUUCAAAACCAUAUUGAUUCAAGAGGAUUAAAAUCAUACACAUGCUUACUGGAAUAUAAAAUCAGUAAAUUUGUUAAGUCAAAAUAAUUAUUACACUAUGCUAGCAUAUAUUGUAACUUCUUCUUUUACAAACACACAUACAUGUAUUUACAAAUAUAGUAGAGCUACUGUUUUCGUGGAAUAUAUUGGUAACCAGUUGAAACUAUACAAUACAUUAUAGAAACAUAUAACACUUUUCCUGCAGGAACAGAAAGUGACCACCCUUUGACGCCAGUAAUGAGCUAUGUAUGCAUGUACACACGUGCGAUACAGUUUGACCUGGAUAAAGCUGUGCAUGUUCGAUUUAGAAAUUUAGCAGGCUUGGUGUUAAAUGAAUACCGUGCAAAUUGUAAUGAGAGGUACGAUCUCUUAAAGGCAUUUUUACAUUUCAUUUCAAAAGCACGUUAUUCAACACUAGUGCCAUACUGUUAUCAAUGGCUACAUACAAUUUGGAAUACAUAACCAUUAACAGUGAAGUUCAUUUAAACAUUCAUUUUGACUUUCCUUUAAUUUUUUUUGCGUCGGAAAUUAUUACUGUCUAUCAUUUUGAUCAUUUCUACCAACUAAAAUUUAUGAUAAACAACUUACGUUUUAUUCUUCCGUUUGAGACACAUACGUGUAUUUUAAGCAAUAUGAAGUAUUGUUGCCCUUUCACAUCUUACGUACGUGUGUGCUUAUAAUUUAUUUUUCAUAAAUACACCUUAUAAGUCGUUUUCAUUUAAUCCUUGAAUUUUUAACUAAGAUUUUGUAAAUGAUAAGAAAAUAUGCAUCAACAAAUAGUAAUAUGUGGUAAUUAAAAAAGAUAGAUUAUGUCAACUUGUUCUUCCAAAACCUGUUGUUGCUAAGUGAUCGCCAGAUUUUUUUCCAGUUUCUUUUCGCGAACGACAACCAUGUUAAGAAUAGUCAAACAAAGUAUGUCUAGUUAUUUCUCUUGAUGUGUGUAUUUUAUUGAUUCAAUAAACACAGUAUAUAAAUGUUUAUGAAAACCUUUACAGAGUACGCCCACAUAUUUAUUUAUUUUUUAUUUUCGGUUUCGAUUUCACAAUACAUCCUCGUCAGGUGUAAGAAAUAGAAACCUAAGGAAUAAGGGAUCAAACAAAAAAUAAACAAGACAGUGAGUCACGAUCAUGUACAAGUGCAAUGUAUGCCAUGAAUCGUUUCCAACUCGCAACAGAGGAAAAUCACAUAGAAAACAAAGACACGGGACUUUAAGAUGUAGGUGUAGGCGCAUGUUUGUUUAUGAAAAAGAGAUGGAGCAACAUAGAGCAGACAUGAUUAAAAAUGCUAAAUUCUAUCGAUGCCCUGAUUGUUGCUUGUCUUUCCAUUCUGAACUGGAAAAACAGCAUCAUUUACGAUCGUUUAAGCAUGGUUGUCCUGAAAAUUACAGUUUUGAAGAACCUGCUGAGCGGACGAAACCAAAAAGGCACAGACUAAGAAGAAACAAGCCAGGUAGUGGCGACCAUGCGUGCCAUACUUGUGCCAGAAAAUUUGCAAAAUCAAAUAGCUUACUGCAACAUCAGAAGAGUUUGGGUCACCUCGCACAGAAUAGUGGAGCAAGAGAACAAGUCAGUGUUGAUUCCAACAAGGGAUAUAUAGCAGUAAAUCAAAGGGACAUGACUGUUUCAAGAGAUAGAGUAGACACUACAGCAAGAAAACGAUACUUUGAUGAUUUCUAUGAGAGAAAUGUAAAAGUAGAUAAAAGUGACAUGACUAUGUCAAGAAAUAUAGUAGAUACUACACUGAACAAGUUAAUGUCCAAUGUAAGAGAUCAACGAGGAGGCACAAUGUUUAACCCGAAUGUGAUCAAAGCUGGUAGCGUUCCCAUUAAUGCUAAAAUUGGUAAAGCCGAUGAAUUUGAUACAAAUAUUGAGCUAAACGUUAUUCCUACAGACAUACGACAACACGGAACGGUGAACUUUGGCUAUGUUACCAAUGACGACACAGCAAGUUUGAAAGUGAAACGUGACUUAUGUUCGGAAACCAAAACCAUUCCAAAGGGAUAUGCAGCUGUAAAGGUAGAAAAAGGAAGCGUUCCAAACACUCUCCUCCAUGAUAAUUUUAUCAUUCCAUGGAAAGUCAAGCAAGACCUUUUCAAUAAAAUUGAAACUGCAAAGAAAGAUCUAUCAUUAUCAAAUGUAGAUAUAAGCAGCAAAGCACAUGGUCCAGCUUUGACACUGACAAUUCACCCAGAUAGAUAUAGCGGCGUAAAACAUGAUAUAAACGUAGAUAUCACACUAUCUAUAAAAUCGGAUAUCUCCGUCACAGACCACGGAUGGCCUCGACCAGCGACUAAAAGAGCUAUGGAUAAAGAAUUAAUUGAUGAGGUUAUCAAAACUGGAACACACUUGGUACCGAAGAAGGAUCAAAUGUGGUCAAUUUCUAACUCUAAAGCCGAGAGGACAUUACUGUCGUCCAUUGAUGCCGGCAAUGGUUGUAGGAAAAAAAUAUACAAAGUAAUGAAAAAACAUGUCCAAACUUGCAAAUCACAGUCGUUAGGCGGACUUCCGGAAAUAUCUUCUCAUAUUUUGAAGACGCAAGUACUUUGGUCCAGUGAGAAACAUUCGAGCAAGGAAUACUGGCACGAGAAUAAUCGUGACACAUGUCUUGUGGACACAAUGAAAGAAAUGGAGUUAGCACUUCUUCAAGGUCAUCUUCAGGACUACUUUAAUCCGGAUUUGAACAUUCUAGAAGGGAAAAGUAUGAGCCAACUAAGAAGCGUGGCAAGUCAUUUAAGAGCUGAAUACGAAACAUUUCUUAGAAAAUAAACAUAUGACUUUUUUUCAAAUGAGUUCUGAUAGGAAUGGGAGUUUCUCACAACUAUAGAUAAAGUUUGCAUUCACCUUUAAUUUUUGCAAGUGUUGUCCCAUUGAUUUCUUUAUUUGCCGUAAUCUGUUGUUAAUUUAACAUUAUUGGUUUAUUUACCUGUAUGUGUUGUAUAUGUUUUUAUCAUAUGUAGUUUCAGAGCUUGUGUUAUCAUGUGUUGUAUACCUGACCUUAUUAUAUAAGUAUAGUUCUAAAACGUUUCACAUUAUUCUCAUGUUAAAGAGAUAGGACAGUCGAGUUUCAUAAUAGCCAAUUUAUUUUAUGCUUUUCAGUGGAUUACUGAUUUAUCCGUGAAAAUUAUGAGACUACUUUUUUAAGAUUUUCCCCAUGCGGUACCUCAGUUUUAUUAUUGUUGACAAUUCUGACAUUGUUAGGACUGUUUAGAGAAAAGCAAAGCUGAAAUUGAUAAAUAACUGAAAUUUCAAAAGUAAUAAAAAGAAGAAAACUUA